AUGGGGUUGAUCUGCGUCAACCUCGCAGUUGAUCUUCCGUUUUUGGAAGAUCGCUCCUUGAUACAAGUAUCAAUGACAGGAGCACUGCUCGUGUUGCGCCGCCGCGCCGCUCGCAGGUCUCGCUGUUGGUUAAGUUGGUGCUACUUUAGCAGACCAAGUAUUUUUUGGCUUGGUCUGCUUGACCAACUUGGAGACCUGCUCCGGCUUGACCCGCUUGACAGACCCACGAGCCUUUUUCAGCUCGGUCUGCUUUGCAAGUUUGGGCAUCUAAGUGUGAAAAUGGUAAAGUUUAAAUUAACAAAACUGGUUAUUUAUGCGAUAAAAUAUAUCAUUGAUCAUAUUAUAGUUGAUAUGGUCUUUUACACUAAUGAUAAUGGUUGCCACAAUGGUGUCAGCACUAUGCUUGAAACACUAGAACUCUCAAUCCCAACAGUAUUGUGCUGUCUGACUGCAUUUAUGGUGUCAAUCAAUGUCAAUCAGUAA